CCCCCGGACAACGUCGGUGCCUGGAGAGACCAAGCGAGACAAAGAAUGGGGUGAUUCACGGGAAUAAGUGAAUAAGUGUAUGGCAGGCGCCGCCGUUUGAUAAGUAUUAACAAACUUCCAUCUUUCUUGCUCGCGUUUCCGUUGUUCUCUUUCAUUGUCAAGUGGCUACGAACCUACUAUUCAACAAUGCGGUCCUCUUCCAUCCCCUCUGUGCUUCCAGCACUUCUUCUCGCCGCGCCGCUGGUGAGCACACACCCUAGCGCAGACUCCGUCGUGGGCUCUCUGUUUGCGCGCGCCGACGAUGGUUACGAAAACACGGUCUGCCAGCCUCCGGUCAAGGAGGGAUCCAACGGUCCCAUUCCUCCCUGCAGCAGUCUCGAGAACAUCGAGUACCAGUGCGCCCCCAACGGAACCUCAUCCCUUGCUCUGGAGGCUCACAAACAAUGCAUGUGCGGCGGUUCCUUCUUCACCGAAUGGCCCUUCUGCCAACAAUGUCUCUACGUCCACGGCCUGCGCUCCGAGCGCGACGUCAAGCGCUACCUUGAGGUGCUCUCCUCCGCGUCCUCCAUCCUGUGCGGCGCGCCCACCCCGACCGAAGUCUUCGCCAAAAUCUUCACCAGCGUGGACUAUGAGGUCCCGGAGCCGACUGACGGUGCCACCGUCAGCAGCGACCAAGCCGUGAGCAAGACGGACAUCAGCUAUUACAUGACCACCACGAUCAGCCAGGGUCCUGGGAAGAUUACGGGGUCGGCACUGAGUGCUACUGCUACUGAUGCUCCGCUGGCGCCGCAGACUACGAAUACGGGUGGGGAUGAUGGUGGUGACGAUGAUGCGAAGACCACUACUAGUACUACUAGAGGACCUUCUACCAUAACCACGAGCUCAUCAGCCAACGGUUCUAGCGGCACGGCUGCUGCUGAAACCUCCUCGAAGCCUAAUAGCGCUGCAGGAGUUAAAGCUGGUAUCGCGGGUGUUGUUGGUGUUGCUGCUGCGAUGGCGGUUGCUAUGAUGCUCUAGGGGGACAUGGAAGGCCUUGAUGAUGAAGAUGAUGAUAAUGAUGAGAUGAGAGGAGAAGACUGAAUGAGCGGAUCAUGUGAGCCAUUUGGGCGAGGGAGGCCUGUGGUUAUGUCAGUAUGAAUUCCUAUUUAUAAAGUGAAGGAGUAAUGCAUUCACCUCCCCUGAAGAAGCAUGGACCCCAAGGGAAGAAGAGGACGUAAAGUUCAAAGAAUGGUCUUCACUGCCAGACUCAUGAUUCUUGCC